AUGAUCCAGAUUGCGCUUGAAGCGGAUGACGCGGUGCAAGCCAGUGUCUUGUUCGCAGAACUCCUCGCUCUAUCUCACAAGGCCGGAACCGAUGUCGAGCUGGCCUGUGCCUUUGCGAAACACGAUGCGAUGAAGUCCAAGUGGGACCGUGUCAAGUCCAGAUUCGAGAAGGUCAAUAACAGGGGCCCGCUCACCAAAGACGAGCAACAGGCAUACGACGCCGGUUUUGGUGCCGUCCUGUCAGAGUACGCCAAGAGCCACACAUGGGGCGAAACGGAGGAGUUUGUGGAAGAAUACACACAAAAGCUCAGAGUGUCGCUCGAUAAUACUCUCGUCAACUUCAUCGCGGACAAGCACGGAAGAUGUCGCGAGUUCAAGGCGUUGGACCAGUGGCUCAGCUAUUGCAAAGACGCCGGCUUCGUCACGACGGCUGCAUUCUGGAAGUCCAUGCUAGUCAAGUGCAAGAAGCAAUGGGGCUAUGGCGAGGUUGAGGCAGCGUCUCUUUUCAAGACCUUGCAAGAGCAGGAUAUCGAGUCGGACUUUCCAGAGGCGGAGGCGGUGGUCAGGAGCAUGAUGAUACCGAUCCAACGGGAGUUCCCUAUGAAGCGAAUCCGCAUCGCUACGCCAAAGCGACCUAUGGACAUUGGAUCGACAUUCGAACGAAUGAAACUGGAUGCCCAGAAAGGCCAGUGGAAAAGUGUUCUCAGCACCUACAACCGCGCCGUGCGCAACGGGCAGGGUUACUCGAGCGGCUGUCUUCAGCUCGCCGUGCAAGCCAGCAUGAAGGUCAACGAACCAUCGACGGAGCACGCCGUGUCGUUGAUUAGCAAGGCGCAGAGCGAUGGUCACGACAUUAGCAAUGCCAUGGUGCCCCUCGUAUUGGCGGAUCUGGAUGAGAUCCAGGCCGUGGGCCAACAGAUGAGGGACAGCAGCGAGGCCCGCGCAUCGGGCCCGGCAGCGGUGCGGCCGUUCCCGGCGAUCCAGCGCCUUUUUUCGGACCUUCUCGAGCAGGGUCAUCAAAUCGACAACUUUGUGUUCCACCGGGCGGCGCAGGUGUGCCUGGCGCUGCGCAACUACCGCGAGGUCGUGACGAUCUGCGUGUUCGCGGCACAGUGCAACGGGUCACGGGACCUGGCGUACAGCGUGUGGAACUUUUCGGACCUGUGCCAGGCGUUCACGAAGCAGCACGAAUACGCGCGGCUGCGGUGGCUCAUGAGCGACGUUUUGGGCCGCGACUACAGGAUGACGAAGCAGUGCCGAACGAGCCUCAAGUGGGUGGUGCACUACCUGAAGCGGGCGUCCCAGGCCGACAAGGACGAGGAUCUCAAGGCGUCAGACCUAUCGAUGCUGGCCUGUGUUGAGGAGACGCUGAAGAAGGUGACCAAGGAGAAGGCUCAGUGGAAGGCGAGCGAGCGGGCCAACGUCGCACAGAUCGUGGCGCGCCAGAAUGAGAAACAGGCACGCACGCGCAGGACAGAGGCAGGAGGUCUUGAUUAUUACGCGCCGUUGCGCCGAGGACUGGACGGAAAGCCGCCACGAUGGUCAGGGCGAGUCGAGGAGGAACAAGAAGACGGAUCUACGGCUGUCGGCAACAAGGCCGAGGCGUAG